ACUAGCUUUUUUAAAACGUAUAUAUUUUUUCAUAGAUGAACAAAACUUUGCAUUUCAUUCAUACGUGUCACUUAUUGUAGAAACAUUAACGAGUAAAAAAGGUUUUUGUGUUGUUGCAGUACACACAGCUGGCCGCUAGGCGCCGCCGUUUGACGGUGAACUGAGGCUUUCAGCUGUUUUCCGGUGACAGCAGGGGAAUGACAACAUCGACAGUCACGGCCCUUCUUCCAUUCAAGCCGACUGCAAAACAUCGACAAAAACAGGGAGCUGUCUGUCAGUGCACGUCGGCAUCUGUGUUUGGGGAAUUUAUUCUUUAUGUGCCACUGGGAGCAGAAGCAGCAUGGCAGAUGACAAGGACGUGCUGAGAGACGUUUGGUUUGGUCGGAUCCCCACCUGCUUUACUCUGAACCAGGAUGAGGUUACCGAGAGAGAAGCCGAGCCCUACUAUCUGCUCUUACCCAGGGUGAGCUACCUGACUCUGGUCACAGACAAGGUGAAGAAACACUUCCACAAAGUAAUGAGGACCGAAGACGUAGAGGAGAUGUGGUUCGAGUAUGAAGGGACGCCACUGAAAUGGCACUAUCCAAUUGGAGUUUUGUUUGACCUCCAUGCGUCCAACACUGUAUUACCCUGGAGCAUCACUGUGCACUUUAAGAAUUUUCCAGAUCGUGACCUGCUCCACUGCCCGUCCAACUCUGUGAUCGAGGCUCACUUCAUGUCCAGCAUCAAGGAGGCCGAUGCCCUCAAGCACAAGAGCCAAGUCGUCAACGACAUGCAGAAGAAAGACCACAAACAGCUGUGGAUGGGCCUGCAGAAUGAUAAGUUUGACCAGUUCUGGGCCAUGAACAGGAAGCUGAUGGAAUAUCCUACCGAGGAGGGAGGCUUCAGAUACAUCCCCUUCAGGAUAUACCAGACGAUGAGCGACAGGCCGUUCAUCCAGAAACUGUUUCGCCCUGUUUCACCUGAAGGCAACAUGCACACGCUCGGUGACUUGCUGAAAGAGUUGUACCCCACUGCAUUACCAAAUGACGGUGAGCAGAAGCGUUACCAGGUUGUGAUCCACGGUAUCGAGCCGCUGCUGGAGACGCCUCUGCAGUGGCUCAGCGAACACCUCAGCCACCCCGACAACUUCCUGCACAUCUGCGUCAUCCCCGUCCCUUCUGACUGAGGCCACACCUGCCACACCUCACCGUCACCGUGACGACCCAUCGACAGACCAGCCGACCCGCCACGCCGGCUGGUCAACCGCCGAAACGGUAGCGCAAAAAAAACGGUGGAAACUAGGAACUAACAGACUCUUUAAUGAGAAGCAGAUCUUAUUGAUGAAGAUGAAGAAAGGAUGUGAGGGAGGUAUUUAACAAACCUCUUCUUCCAUCUCGUCUAUUUAUAUUUCUACUCCUCCUACCACUACUACUACUACUCCUCCUUUCCCUCCAGAAAACUUUAUAGGACGCAAGGAUGCAGAUCUUCUCUUUCUCCUCUGCUCCCAAAGGAAAGAAGACGUUUCUUUAGGGGGAGAGGAGGUUGAGUGAGCAGAUUUCUCUUUUUUCUACUCUCGCAUCUUCUCCUCCUCUCCAAGCAAACAUCUCCAUGGGAGGAGAGGUGGUGAAGGGAUCCCUCGUUUUUCCAUCCUGCCAUACAUAUCCCUCCUUGUCUAGUCCAAGAUAAAGACUGUCCUGUCGACAGGGAGACAAUUGUUUGGGAUUUGGGGAGAGGUGAAUCCAGUCCUGCUGAAGUUGCCUUAGUUAACACAUUCACUCUUUUUCAUCGUCAUCGUCUCUGCAAAACAUCUGGACACACAGAGUCACUCUGAGUUUACAUCACAGUCUGCAAACAUUAUUGUUAUCUUCAAAAACUUUGACUUUUUACAGAGGAUUUUCUGCUGGUGGGGCUGCUUGCAUUAAACAUUGGCUUCAUUUGACAAAGUGAGCUGAAAUCAGAAGAGGACGAGCUGAUUUCUCUCUACUCUCCAGCACAGUCUGGGUCUGGUUUGGACUUAACAUCUGGUGCCACUGUUGAGUUAAGCAUCUAAUUAUUAAGUUAUUUUAAAAAGAAAAGCAACUUAACAAGCAGAUACAUGUGUCAUCACCUAGCUCUAUUCCCGAAUUAGCAUUAAAUUGCAGCUUUAACUCCAUUUUUGUUUAUUUUCAUUUUUUUAAUCUUAAAAACUUAUUUUCAGAAUUGAAAUAAACCAGAAUUGUCUGUUAAUUAGACGUUCCUGUGUGGGUGAUGGGACACUACAACUGUCAAAUACAAAUGGAAAAACUAAAAAAAAAAAGCAUUACAUUCUUUGUUAUUUACUUGUUUUGAUAUCUUUGCAGAAGACAGGUGGAGAUAGAAGAUUUUCACAGGGUAUCUUUUGGGAGCGAACCAGCUAUUUUUACGAGGCUAACACAAAGGGGGUCAUGGGAAAAAAAAACUCCACAUAUGUUUUCAAUAGCAGGUGUUGAUUUCUCUCCAUCAAUACAACACAGUUAUGCUGUUUUACUGUAUGUUUCUGUCAGGUUUGGCUUGAGCCUCUUUGUCUGCAGCCAAACUUAAAUGAGCAUCUGGUUUUGUUUCAUUUUAAGAACUCAGCUUAGAUAACGAGACAGCAAGCACAAUUAGUGUUCAGUCUGUUGGGGGACACUGUUGUUUUAACAUGUACUACAUAUGCUUUCAUGAUCCAAUGUUUGUUUGUGGACAAACAAAACUGGACGUUGAGGAUGUAAUUAUUAUUUUUCUUUUUUUUUUUAGCUAAGUUUGCAUCGUAUAUCAGCAUCUUUCUUUUCUUUUUUUACAUCUGUUCAUACUGGAAUAAAAUGACUCAAAAUAAAAGUUAAUUCAAAUA